AUGGCAUUAUGGAAUCAAAGAAAUUUAAAUCCACCAGUAGUAUUAAACGCUCCAUGCAAAACGAAACACAUCAAGGAAGAUAUUUGCACCCUUACAAAAACGAGCGAAAAUAUGCUAAAUUAUUACUCAACGCUAAGCACGUUCGAAAAAGCGGCAGCAUAUCAUUCUCGUUUCUGCAACCGUUGGAAAAACCGUCUGCGCAACAUGCACGGCUUUCAAAUCAUGCGUCGGCUUAAUCAAAUGCUGAUUCGCAUAAAAAAUAUGGAUUUGGUGCGCAUAAUAAUGGAUUUCCAUGGAUUCCUGCCAGAGUCGAGUUACAUCGAGCGGGAGAUAAACCUUCCGAUCCGUUCCAACCUGGAGCAUCUGCUGGUAAAAAUGCAGGGACUGGGCAAAAUGCUGUUACGUGUCGUUUACCUUACCAAGGAAGCCGCACGCUACCAUUUAAAGCAAAUAGCGCAGGGUUUUCUGUUCCACAUGUACUCCAUGUUCCUGGGACUGAUGGGUGAGCUGUGGCUGUUUGCCCGUGGUGUCUGUAAACGAACGGUGCAGUUCUAUGAUGAACUGUAUCCGGCAUUGCUUAUCCUGCCCGAUACCAAAAAGAAAUGGUUACCGGAGGGAUAUGAACUACCCGCCAGUUUGGCGAUCUGGCUCGGUGAGGAAUAUGAGCGAGAAAUUCUAUACAGUGGUGAAACAAAUGAGGCAUUAGAACUGGGAUUAAAUUCGAACAUUUUCACCCUGCUCCAGCAUCAUUCCAAAGACGAGGAAGAACAUUUACUGGCGCGCAUGGAAAACGUAACUGGACCACCGGGUGACGAUGCACAGAACCAAUCAUCGUUUAGUUCCGUACCGAAAGCGAUGCUAUUGCAAAGUUUACGUUCCGAUACCGGUGAACUGAUACAGAGGACGGAAAGUACCGCGGCACAUGAUUUCGAUAUCAGCCGGUUGAAUCACAUACGGUCAAAGUUUCACGUGCAACAGUUUCUUAUACAGGAGCGAACGCAACGAGCAGACAACCCAACGCAGGCGAUCACCCACGGUAUAUCGGAGACCCACUUUGGGGAUUUCAAUGUGCGGUUAAUGAUGAACUUUAACGAACUAUCGUCUGCUGAGUUUGUAAAAUACUUUAAGCAACAAUUGGUACAGUUGAUUAGAAUGGAUGAUUGA